AGCUGCCAGCAGAGCUGAGCGGAAGGCUGCGACGAUAUGAUGUGCGGUUUUAAACAUCAUUAGCUAACAUGUAGCAACUCUAAAAAUUCCGCUUAAAGUUCUUGAAGACGACAAACAAAAAAAUUCACCUCAUUACGGUGCAGAAUUCGCUACAUGGACGAAAUGAAUCAGGCGGCGAGGGAGGCAGCCCGGAACGAGAAGAAACGGCUCUACAUCUCCGAGUCGGAGAAGACGUUUUCGUACGACGAAACCCGUCCGGACUUGCCUGUACCCCCGCUUGGUCAGACCAUUAAGAAGUACCUCGAUUCGGUUCGUGCGAUUGUGUCGGAGGAAGACUACAAAGCGACGGUAGCCAUUGCCAAACAGUUUGCAAGCGGAGUUGGUGCUAAGCUUCAUGAGAAGCUGUUACAGAAGGCAAAGCAUUCACGAAACUGGCUGGAGAAAUGGUGGGAGGACAUGGCAUACCUGUCGUCCCGGCAGCCUCUGAUGCCGGCCUGCCACAUGGCCGGCUCCUUUGCCCAGUUUGCAGACGCCCACUCCUUCACCGGCACCCGCAGUGCCUGGGCUGCCGACAACGUGGGGCACUACCUGGAAUUCUGGCAGCUGCUCAAGCAGGAAAAACUGAAGCCCCAGUCCUUCCGCAAAAUUCCAUGGACCAUGCAUCAGUUCCGGAGACUGUUCAACACCGCCAGAAUCCCCAACGAAGGGAAGGACGAAAUAGUGAACAAAUUCCGAGCUGAGUCCGAAGAAAGCGUUGCGGGCAGGUCUCCCACCAACCUCAUAGUUCUCCAGCAGGGCCACAUCUUCUCCUUUGAGGUGGUGAAUGAGCAGGGCGACGUACUCACCAGGAAGGAGAUUGAGACUCAGCUUGAGCGCAUUGACGCCGCCUGCACCCAGCUGGGCCCCUCCCAAGGGGUGGGCACCCUCACUGCGGGGGACAGGGACACCUGGGCUGCUAAUCGUAGGCUGCUGCAGUCCCUUCAUCCAGAUAACAAGCGGAACUUGGAGACAAUUGAAGAUUCUCUUUUUGUGCUGGUCUUGGAUGAUGCCAGUCCUGAAAACCGCCAGGAGGUGAUGAUUGAGUCCCUCAAGGGGGAUUGUUCAAACAGGUGGGUGGACAAGUCAUACUCGCUUAUUGUCUUCAAGAACCUCACCAUUGGGUCGUCGGCCGACCACACCCCUUUCGAUGGGAUGGUUCCAGUCUCGUGCGCUCACUACGCCCACCUGUCUCACAUCGCCGAAGAUGAAGACGCCAGUGAACAUGAGAUCAGAGGUCCCCUGCCAGAACCCGAACAUCUAGAGUUUCAUCUGAACGAUCACCUCUUGAACGAAAUUGACCUGGCGAAAGCGGAAUACCUCAGACUGUGUGACAACAUUGACAUCCUCUGUGAGGUUUUCACCGGCUAUGGGAAGGGCUUCAUGAAGCCAGUGAGGGUUCAUCCCGAGGCCUACUUGCAGCUGGCUCUUCAGCUCGCCUACUACAGACUGCACAACAAGCCAGCCCCUACGUACACAACGGCAUCGACGAGGGAGUUUUACCACGGGCGAACGGAAACGUGCCGGUCAUGUACGUGCGAGAUGAUGGACUUUGUGAGGGCAAUGGACGACGGGCACAGUUCUCCAGCCACAAUUGUUGGUUUGAUGAAUCGAGCCGUGGAAAAGUUUGGGCAUCUCAUGGUUGACUGCUGCAGGAACCAUGGUUGUGACAGGCACCUGAUGGGACUGGCCCUGAUCGCCUUCGAAGACGGGACGCCCAUGCCGGAGCUGUUCCUCGACCCUUCCUUUGUCAGGAGUGGUGGCAAUGGAAACUUCAUCUUAUCCACCAGUUGCAAUGGUUACACACCCCUCAUCGGCUGUGUGGCUCCAAUGUGCAAGGAUGGCUAUGGGGCAUUCUACAGUAUUGAAGAGACAAGAGUCAUCAUCGCCAUAUCUGCCUUUAGGGACAGCACAGAAACCAAUGCCAGUGCCCUGUACAAGGAAAUAGUGCAUUCAUUUACGGACAUGCAGAGCAUCCUGCUCGCUGCCAAGCUCUAAGUCUCAGGGGACCCAUGAGAGCUGGAAAGACUAGGCCUGAGAUUCUGUGAUGUAUAUUUUUUUAUGUGCGCCAUUACCUAUUUUUACACACUUUACUACAUGCAUUUUAUAGGAUAUUUUGCAUGUGUGUAUGUGUGGUAUGUGCAUACUAUGACAGGUUCCAGGUAACCGAGAAUUAAGGUGCUGGGGUCCAACAAUAUUUGGUAAGUCACAACCCAUCAUGUGGGCAAUGUGGUUAUUAAGAAAAAAAUUGUAUAAUUUUAAGAUGGCAAGUAGGCUAGUUGGUUGUACAUUCUUUAAGUAAAAUGGCUAAUGACAGGGACAAAAGAUAGAUGCUGACAGGACACGGCAUUUUAGAUGCCAACAGGACACGCCAUGUCCUCUUAGGAUCCACCUUCUGUCCCUGUCUCUAGGCAUUUUACUUCACAUGUAUAAUAUUAAUGACAAUGUUGUGAAAAGCUUUGCAUUGUUUCACUCCUCUUCUUAAUCCACUUCGCCCUAUGGAGCAUGCUCAGGAAACUCGGUCACCUUUUUCACAUAAGCAGUUCCAGGAAUGAGCAUUAUUAAACAAUUUUUUAAAAGCUUUUUUUUUUUUUUUUCCCAGUUAAUUUUAAUUUGUUUAAAGUGAACUCAUAGAGUUCACUUUGCAGCUGAAAGUGAACUCAUAGAGUUCACUUUGCAGCUGAAAGUGAACUCAUAGAGUCAGUGCACUUUCCUUUUUCUUUUUAAUUGCAAUUUUUGUCUUGUGGUUUGAACAGUCAUUGUAUAGCACUUCUCUGCCUGAUUAUACUGUCCUCGUACCAAAAUGGCAAGCUUUAAGAAACCAUAUUAUUUUAAUUUUGCUAAGUGUCACACUUGACAGGUAUUCAAUACCUACUUGAACACUUAUGCUUGAACACUUAUUCUUGAAGGCAUCUGUCGUUUUAGAAUAGACGAGUAAUUUGUGCGCUCGACAAUCCUUUUUGUUCGUUUAUUGAGACGCAUCGCAUGAAUUUGAAUUGUCACAAGCACGAAAUUGGUCCUUCACUGCACUUUUGUAACUGGCACUGCAGACAGGAUCGAAUGCUGAUUGAAAUUUAUCACCAUAACGCUAUACGUUUUUCCUCCAGUCACAUUCAUAACUCGCAAGGUGUUUUCGUGUCUGUGUGUAUGUCCUCCACCCCAGCAAAAAUUGCGAGCGCGAGCCUUGCAGCCUUUACAAAACAGACCUGUGAUUGGGGCAUGGUCUCACGGUCCGGAAUGUAUUUUACAUUACGAACUGUGUCAUACCAGAACUCGUGUGAAGACAUGUGUUGGUCUAGUAUUUUAAUUAAAAAAUAAAAUAUAUGACACAA